AUGGUCUCAGAAUGGGGAGAAGAGUUCAGACCAAAGUUUAAGAAGUUAGGAGAUUUGACCUGCCUCUUUGACAACUGUGCACAUCUUGCUGUUACUGCUACAUCUUCCCCAUCUUCUAUUCUUGAUCUCUCAAAGACACUCCAGUACAAAAACCAUGUGAUUGUGACUGUGAAUCCUGACAGACCAAACAUUUAUAUAGACAAAAAACCCCGCCUUCCAAACUCUAACAAGACCGACAAAUACGAUGAACUAAUCGACCCUUUGGCACAGGAACUGAAAAUCAAGCUUCGAGACUUCCCUGUUACUGUUUUGUAUGUAGAAAGUUUAGAUGCACUUGGCUAUUAUUAUCAGUAUCUAAAUUAUACUUUGAAAGAACUUCAGUAUCAUCCAACCUCUGACAAGACACCAGAAGCUAGAAUUUUCGCACAGUACCAUACAGACUAUACACAAAAUAUGAAAAAACACAUCUUACAAGAACUUCGGAAAGACAAUCCACAUGUGCGUCUUGUUCUGGCCACAGUUGCUUUAGGUAUGGGUUUAAAUGCCCCAGGUAUUACUCGGAUAAUUCAUGCUAGGCCUCCAACAACAUUAGAAAAAUACUUACAGGAGAUAGGAAGGGCUGGGAGGACAGGACAAAAAUCUACAGCUAUUUUGCAUUACAACAAAAGUGACAUAGCUAAAAAUAAAAGGGCUCUCUCAGAAAUGGCAAAGUUUUGCAAUGUUAAUGAUGGAUGUUUGCGACUUGAACUUGUCAAAUACUUUGGUUUCCAAACAACAGUGUUUGAUGGCCCACUUGAAGAAUGCUGUUCAAACUGCCGUCAGUCACUAGUGAAUGCUGUUGACAAUGUGCAUCUCUAA